AUGGACGACCCGCCGGGGCCAUUGACUGCUAGAAAGUAUAGAGUAUCACCGCGCCAAAGCUCAUCGUCAUCAUCAUGCCUCUCCUUUCCUCAGAUCCCUCGGCGCUCAUCGUCGCUCUCCGCGAGCGAGAGCAAUGACUCGAGUGGUCCAGUAACAUCUACCCGAACGCCUUCUUUGAGCGACAGCUUGUAUCAAAUCGAAAUCCCCAAGAUCCGCCAGUCACACAUGCCCGACUACCGAACCGAGAGCCGGAAACUCCAUUUGAAUGAUGAUCCGUUUACCGACAAGGAUCCUACAUCUCCAGCACACACACGAAAAAAUUGCCUGCGGGGCAGGAAUCAGAUGGCGCCUCAACUUGUUGUCCGUUGGAGCUCUGGCUCUUGGAAUUUGCCAGAAUCUCCUUUGUGCGCUAGGUCGAUUGAGUAUUCUGUUGAACCAGGUGUUCCGGGAUCUUUCCCGAUACCACCAGUCCAGCCCUUAAACACCUUGUGUCCCAUGGAUCCACCAAUCGUUUUCACAAAUGUCACCGUGUCUACGAAAAGACUUCAAAUUGGCAUACUCCCUGAAUCAUUAUGGACGACUAUCCAAGUUAAUACUGAUAUCAACACAACACCGUUCCCAGCAUCCUCCAGCCAUGCACCGCUGGAUAUAAUUAUUCUCCUUGAUACAAUGGUCUGUCCAUCUGUAAAUUCCUUGACCCAAGUCACUCUGGGGUCGUCAGUUCUAGCUUCCCACCUGGUCUACAAUCACGACAGGAUUGCAGUGGCGUUCACAGAUCACAAAGAAAAGUCUGGAUUUAAACUACUGCUCCCACUGGGCCAUCACUCUACCGAAGCUACUCGAUCUGCAUUAAGCAAACUUUCUCAGCGUCAACUUUUCAGUGAAAGGAAAGAAGCCCUUGAGCUUAGUGCUGUCAUUCCGAGUCUCUGCGAGAUAUUCUACGACGCUUCGCGGGAUGCUUUCUGUCACUUAUUUUUCGUCUCUGCUACUCCUCCUGCCCGUCUCUCUAUUCCAUGGACGGACCAGGGGAUCGGGUUUCAUACAGUCACUCCGUGUCCGAACUUGUCCUUGGAUGGUAUAACAUCUCAACAAGGGUGGCAUAUCUCGUAUAGUCUCGGAGCCUCUGAUACUGGCCUGAAAGAGACUCGUUUCAUCCGCAAAGUUUCUAAAGUUCUCCGUCAGCUGCGAACGGGGAUACGCCCUGGUUCUAUCGCAAACCUAAGCUUGUCUGUGACACCUAGUGAGGGGUGCAAGAUUUUAUCUGGCAAUGACCAUUUCAAACUCAGCUGUCUUCGCCCUGGGGAAACAUGGUCCGUUCCGAUCCAGGUCCGCGUUCCAGCGGUCGAGCCGCACCGCCCAGGGGCGUUCCCUGUGGCCCCUGGACAACAUCCCUUGAUGGAAGAGAUGUUCACUCAAAUCAAUUUUUUGCUACAGGAGUACUCCUCUGUGGACCUCCCUCAGCAAGUUCUAGUUGCCCAUGUACAGUAUCAGCAUUCCUUGCUCAUGGAGCCCAACACGGUGCAUGUGGAAACUGAACUCAGUGUUCUUCGCCGAGGAUACAACUGA